AUGACAGAAGCCGCAAGCAGCAGCACGUUUCUUCAAGCCUCGUCGCCAAUUGAUUCCGCUCUAUUCUUUGUGUUCGCCGCUUUCAUCCUCAAUGUUAUAGUUGUCAUAAUUGCAUUCUGCUACUUCGAUCCGGCUCCACAUGAGCCGGCACUCGUCUAUCGCACCUAUUACACCCUUCGUCGACUGAGUCGUCGCAACGGCGAAGCGCGGAUUCGAAUGUCGAUCAAAUCGGACAACGAGGAAGAGAGCAACAACGAUUCGCCGGCCCAAGUGCUCUUUGUUUAG